GAGUCAAGCAGGACUCCGCCGCAUUUACGCGCCAUACGCUCUCGCAAACCAUUGCACUUCUUCCUGCGAAACCUUUGUUUCCGGCAAUGGAUACCACAUGCCCAAUUUCUGCCGCCAUCCGCCGUGAGGCGACAUGGCUUUCUUCGUUACGCGUCGCCGAGUCCUCAUGCGAAUCGUCGCGCAGUCGCACAUUCAACUGGCAGUCGUACACCGUCGCUCGCCGCAACGCAGUCGCUCAGCGCGAAGCACUCGUCGCAGGAGCUGCCAAGCGACAAUCCGGAGGCAGCGCGAAGCAACGCAGUCGCAAGGCUGGCGACAAGUCGUCGUCGUCAAGCGCGCCGAGCCGGGAGCAGCAGAACUCUCUCGAGUCGAAUCAACCCGAGCUUGCAGAGCAACCGGAGCAGGAAGCAGAGCGAGCGGAGCGAGCAGCACGAUGGACACCCACAGCCGUUGCUCGUGCUUCAUCGGCUUCCUCUCUCGCCGCUUCUGCCUCUGCUGCUCCUGUUGCUGCUGCCUCUGUUGCUGCCGCCCCUAGAGAGGAGGUUUGGCGGGCUUGCGUAACCACGUCGGGUGGUUUGGCCGUGGCUGGGCUGCUGGGCAGACAGCUCUCGUCCUGGUCGCAUGCCGCCGGUGUCCCCAUCAGCGACUGCCUGCAGGCCAUGCCACUGGGCCUAUCGCUCUCCAGCCUGCCGCUCACCCUUGCAGCUGCGGCUGUGGUCUCUGCAGCGCGUCUCGCCCUGCUCCGCCUCUUGCCGGCCUUCGCAGCUGCAACCAACGCGUCCAACGUGCGGGCUCUCUCGAACCUCAACGCCCACGGAUCUCAUCUGGGUCUCCGUCCUUCCAGGAUAUCUGAGGAGCUGCUGUUCCGCGGGGCUCUCUGCCGCUGGUGGGGUGAAUGCAGUGGGAGUGAUUGUAUCAGGCGGUGUCUUUGGCAUGUUGCACGUUACUGGCGAUCGCAACCUCACCUUUGCUUCCUGGGCGUCGUGUGUGGGGUUGCCUAUAUGGCGUGCUGGCCGUGGCAACAGGCGACAUUACCAGUCCCAUGCUUGCACACUCACUCGCCAACCCUCGUUUCCGCUGGCUGGUGGAAAUGGCAGCAGCAGCAACAGCAACUACAGCAGUAACAUCCACUCGCCAAUCUGGUUUUAUAUCAAUCGUGAGAAUAACGGCAGCAGCAGCCAUAGCAAUGGCAGGCGGAAACAGCGGUACUGGAUCUUGGUGUUACGGGGGUCUCAAAACAAACAGUCCAGGCAGCCCUGUACGGCGCACCUGCAUGCGCCCACGGUCGGCCCACUGAGAUCGGGUUGCGAGGAAGGGGUGGCAAGAAAUCUGUAUUCAAGGGAAUUGGCCCUUAGAGGAUGGGCUCUGUUCCGUGGCAUUAUGAGCAGACUGCUCCUGUUAGGAGCCUAAAUGUACCAUAAGUUUUUUUUUUUCCCAACCGGCAUAAGUGAGGAGGAGAGAGGGAGGUGGGAGAAGCACCUCAAGGAGAUACAGGCUGUGGAUAUUGAGAAGGCGAAAGCAGCAAUGCCAGCCUGGAUCGGGGCGAAGUAUGCUGAUGCGGUAGCUAAGCUGAACGCACAAACGUGGCUUCCGGUUCACUGCAGCAGCUGUAGCAGCAGCAGCAACCGUAGCAGAGUCGGAAGCACCAUCUGCUGCAGCGACAGUAACGAAUUUACUGGCUGGUGCAUCAUCACCAGCAAAGGUUUCUGUACCAGCUGCACCAUCUGCUAGCAUGCGAGGCAUGGCUGGCAAGACCAGCAACAGCCAAGCGAGUGGGGCAAAGCGGGGAGAGGGGGGUGGGUGUGGGAGAGAGCAGCAGGCAGGGCAGCAGGUGGAAGGCAGGCUGCUGUGAAGGCAGCAGGUGGGAGGGGGGUGGCAGAGCAGUGGCAAGUGAUGUGUGUGGCAGGGAGGGGGUGAAGCAGUUGGCCGGGAAGAGUGAGGGUUUGGCGCAUAAGAGGCAGGUGAGGGCAGGGGGGUGCAGCAGCAGGGUGCACAGAGGGUCGGCAUAAGGCAUUGCGCCAGGUUGGCAUAUGAUCCAGCUGGAUUGAAAAAUAGGUGCUGUAAUGCAAAAGCAUUUGUCUAGAUUCUUAGCAAAGCUGCAUUCCCAAGUCAGUUGCACUGAUUGUGUGCACUUGUUACUAAUCACACAAUGUAAACAUUCGACUUCCUUCUGAGAGUCUUAGAGGUAAGUGUUUA